AUGUCUGGUAAAUCAGGCCAGCCUGAGGCUGGCCCCUCACAUGCUGGACAAGACCAGCGGAGACGUGAGAGAGAUCGGGCUGGGGUCUCGGGAGGGGUGAUCCGAAGGGCCGGUGCCCAAGGGCCCAGGUCCUGGAUACAAAAGGUUUUUGAGCAAAUUAUUGACACACCUCGCCAGUGGGUCAGCCUCUCGGAGGUGGUGCCUGUCGCUGUGCUGGCCGUCCAAAGGUACUUGUUAGAGGAUGAGCCACGCGACAUGCUGCCCAAGCUUCCCCUUUACUGCUAUGAUGUGACGAUCUCAGACGGGGUGUACCAGGAGAAGUGCUACCUGGAUCCCCGCCUAAACUCUCUCGUAUAUAAAAAUAUUCUUAAAGUUGGCAAAGAAGUGAGAAUUACCAGAGUCUCGUGUGUUUACAACGAGAAAAGGAUAGGCCAAGGGACCCUAUGCAUAAAUAAAGUCCACUGUGGGGAGACCUUGAAAGCUAUCUCUUUAGAAACUCCCUUCAGAAAUCGCGCUCAUGAGCAGAAACCAGAGAGGCCCUUAAGGGGCGGGAAGAGUCACUACAUGGCGCUCUGGAAUAACGAAGAUCCAUAUGGUGAUAUCUGGUUAACCAGCAAGCGAGCUAAGGAAUACAAUUUAAGCACUAUCAAAAUAAUUUCUCUUUCUCACCUUGAAAUGACCUGGUCUACCAGAAAGAAUUUUCCUGCAUUGCUUGUAAGAAUCUUAUAUAAAUCGAAACUGCGAUACUAUGGGAAACCUGAUAAAAAGAUAACUGAGCCAUACCAGACCUUUUUGGAAGUUGCUGACAGUUCAGGGAUGGUUUCAGUCAUUAUGUGGAAUGCCCUGUGUCCUGAGUGGUAUAAAUCUUUGCAGGUCGGUUUAGUUCUUCUGCUUCGACAUUAUACCGUUAAGAAGAGUUAUCCGUUCAGGAUGCAGCCUCCCCCUGUGGAUCCACAGAUGAAAAUAAUUUCUAAAAUUGAAAUCUGCCUGAACCUCCAAGAUCCUCCAGCUAAUAUAAAAAUCAUUCCGGAAACGCAGGUGCAAUCAGAAUGGAGAUUGCCACAAUUAAAUCACCGAUUUGUCACAAGAUCAGAACUGGAUAAUUUGCCAGAAAAUCAUCUCUGUGAUGUUAUUGGGAUUUUAGUUUUUGUAGGAAGGGUCCAGCGGUUAAAAAAGAAAGAAAACAGUGAAGAUUUUUGGACAUAUCGCUGGAUUCAUAUUGCUGAUGGGACUUCAGAACAACCAUUUAUUGUGGAAUUGUUUUCUACAUCUCAGCCAGAAAUCUUUGAAAAUCUUUACCCAAUGACAUAUGUCCUGUGUACUCAGUUGAAAGUUGUGAGAAAUAAUGACCAAGUACCUAAACUGCUUUACCUCACUACUACAAAUGAGAGUCAAGUGUUUAUUACUGGUCAAAAAGGCCAGCCGUAUGCCUACGAUGUCAAGGUAAAAAAUAUUACUCAGUGGAUUAAAACAAAGACUGAUGCUGGGGAAAUGAAGAAUACUGUUUUUGGUGGCUAUUACCCCUAUCCACCAGUGCCGGAGACAUUUUCGAAGUACAGUAGUUCUGUUAAAGUUGAGUCGCUGUUGACAGCUAUAAGUGAAGUGCGGAAGGAGAUUGAAGACUUGCAGUAUAGGGAACAAAAGCGCAUAGCAAUUCAGGGGAUAAUUACUGUUAUAAAGUACAUCCCCGAUCGCCGUGCAACUGAAAGUGCUUCAACAUCAGAAACACUUCGGAAUGCUAACCUCCCCACAACAUCCCAAGCAGCAAGAGGAGAAAGUCAAAGUCAAGAAAGAGAUGGUAAACGGCAUCAUCAUGACGGUGAUCCUGUGAGUUCUCAAACGACAUCUUCAAGUUUGAGUCCUAGCAAGAAAAAAAGAGUUCUGCAAGGCCCAGAUGCUAAAGUAGUUGCUGUACCUCAGCCAGAAACUUCUUCACAAGCAAAAGGAAAUAAACCAGACAUGCCAAGCACUGUUCGACGUCAAGAAAGCACAAGCACUCAUUCCCUAGGGAAAGCCAGAAAACCUAUAAGUGAUAAGUGGGAGAGUCAGCUAUGGAGAGAAAAAAGGUUUCGUUUAAUAGAUCACCUACAUUAUAGCCACGUUUAUCCUGAAAGUAUUCCACGGAGAUUUAUUUUCGAACACAGGGAGUUUCUCACUCAGCAGUAUAAUACUCAACCUUCAAAAUAUAUACCACCAGAAGAAGGGUCCCCAAAACUUGAAGAUUUUAAGAGUGCCUGUAGCCUUGGACACUUUGAAGUAACCAUCCUAGGUCUGAACCAUGAGAUAGCAAUCGAUGUUGCAUUCCUGCCCAUGUACUGUCCUGAAGAUGUCCAAACAUCACAAAUAGACACAUUACUAACCUGCAUGAAUUACAGCUGUGUGUUUCCACCAGAAGUGACUGGCAAUGACAGACUCCUAGGUCCAAGAGCACUUGCAGGUGAUAUUAUCAAAGCAGUAACUGAAUUGAAUAGAGUACAUAUCAUCGGUAUCUUGGAUAUCUGUAAUUUGGGUGAUGAUAAAAUAGAAGUCUGUUUGCAGAAAAUUUAUACUCCAGAGAAUAUUUAUUAAAAGUUGGCAGAUGAAAUUAUUACAGGCGGGGAGCACGGCUUUGAAGCUAUUCUGUCAUUUCAUUGGUAAUUUCAGUAGCUGUUUUUCAGCAAAAAUUACAUGAGCUCUAAAGUUAUUAAAUGGUUUUAUGUUUGUCUUGUAUUUAGUGAUGACACAUUUCAUUGUAGAUUCAAUAUUGAAAAGGUCAUCAAAACACAAUUUUUGUCUAUCAAGAAAACUUACUUUUCUUCUACAUGACUAUUAU